ACUUAAACUGAUAAAACAAUCAGAAAUUUGACAAGAAACAUUCUACAUUUGAAUACAAAGCAAAUGUGAAACGACACUCCUGAAGAUUUCCGACUACUGUUAUCACUGAGUCCUUUCAUUUCGACAUUAGCCUACACUGGUGGACUCUUGUAUUGAUUAAAAUGGUAUUCAGAGGGGCCCGGACAAAUUCUCAUAUAUCUAGGCUCACAAAACUUGUCGCCAGAUAAGAACCUGACACAAUGUUUACAAAAUUUAAAUAGUAGAAAAACCAAUAGAAGUAGGAAUUAUUUCAUCUGUGGGAAAUGUUCGAAUGAGACACUACACAGGUCCCAUUUUCAAAUUUUCAAAACAUUUCUUAUACCAUGUCAUUGGUCAGUUGGACUAAUUGUAGAAAAUAUGCAAAGUGAAUUCCAGACGAGUAUGGUCUACAUCCCGGAUUACUAUCGUGUUAUAUCUCUCACUCUUCCACAUUGGCUUUCUUAUUAAAGCGUGUCCUCUGUCGCUAUACUGUAGGUCACCAGAGGUAGCACACAAAACAGCGUGAAGAUGGAAUUUCUUCUGAUAAUAGUCAGCACAGGUGAGUUUCUCCAGUUCGUGCAUUUAAAACUUUAAAAUCGCCACUUAAGUACCUGUUCCUUCUGCUUCUAUCGUGUUUUUAGAAUCCCCGUGUGUAUUGAAAGAUCUGCGAUGUAAAUCCAUUCCUGACAAAUUUAAAUUCCAAGACAGCAAUGCACUGAUUUUCUAAUUUCUCCAAACGUGAAAAUGUACCACACAGUGGCAUAAAGAAAUUGUAUUCUGACAUCUGCAUGGGACUAUAAAAAGGCAAUUAAGUGAAGAUGGAUGGUGCAUAUUAUUCCCAAUCGAUGUACCAGCGGGAUAAUUAUGGUAUUUCUGCAUCUGUUCCGGGACCCUACGGUACUUCCGGACAGCCUCCACCUCCAGCGUGUAUCUACCAAAGAAAUUCAAAUCUUGGCUAUGGAGGACAUCCAAUGCAAGUUGUAGAACAAACCUCUCUUGACUCUUCUAAUACUGUAAAUCAUCAAAUGGCACCACAACAAAAUCUACAAACAACACAAGGGACUGGACAUUCUCCCAUUGCUAAUACCACGCCUGCUCACAUGCAAAAUCCCAUGCAACUGACCCCUGGAAUCUUACCAACUGUAUCUCAGCCCCCACCGGCUCAUUCUCAAACAAUGCCCCCAUCAACCACAACAACUAGUGGAAAUGGAAACGGAAACCAAAGUGGCGGAAAUUCAAAUCAAACCCACCUACAGUUCCCUUGGAUGAAAACAACAAAAUCACACGCUCACCAAUGGAAGGCUCAAUGGCCAGGUGCUCAGUUUCCAUUGGAGGAUGACAACAAACGCACGCGCACAGCGUACACAAGAGGCCAGUUACUGGAGCUGGAGAAGGAGUUUCAUUUUAACAAAUACAUUUCUCGACCGCGAAGAAUAGAGUUGGCUGCAAUGUUGAACCUUACUGAACGCCAUAUAAAAAUUUGGUUUCAGAAUAGACGAAUGAAAUGGAAAAAGGACGAGGCCAAACGAAGACCACGUCCUCUGAAUUCUUCGAACAUUAAAAAUGCUGUUUCACCACCGGAAUCUCCUGUCAUGACAGAUUUAUCUCCCGUUUCGAAUGGAAGUGACGUUUCGUCACCGAAAGAGAACGAAACAGGCGAUAUUUCCUCAGUAAACAAAAAUGUGUUGAACAAAAACACUCUCUCAUCGCCAAAGGAAGAAUCCGCCACGUGAUAAUGGCGACACGGGGUAUAUGUAUCAAAUACAGUCCCUUGAUAUAUUAAUGGAAACUGAUUUACAUGUGUUCUAAACUUCUAAUGUAAUUUCAUGUCUUUGACCUACACAUGAACGCCCUUUAUAGAAAAAGGUAUCAAUACAUCCACAGAAGGCACAUGAACGAUGUUUCUACCAGCAAGUGUUUUAUUGACUGUUGUUUAUCGAGCAUUGUGUUACUAAAGUUGGUUGUAUUUUAUUCUUGUCAAUGUUGCUCCGUAAGAAUAUUUUUAAAUAUAAGUAAAGCUUACACUGAAGAGCUCCUUUACCGGUGUGACACAAUGUGCUGUAGGGUCCCAUAUUUUUACAGACUU